CAGUGUAAACCGCUUUUCAAAAUCAAUGCAAUUGUAAUAAAACUUCUGCUGGACACCUGUGACGUACGAAUCAUUAUGAAACACAGAGUAACCACAAUAAUUUACCAGAAGGGCAUGUUCUAGCGACAAAUGUUUUUCAUUCUUUAUCAGUUAAAGAUAUGUGAUAUAAUAGAACUUAAAUCAAAUGAAACAAAACGGGAUAAGGUAGAGAAAACAAGAUGGACUGGGAUUGGAUUCUGAGUGGUGUAAACAAGACAGUACCACGUAACGCAGGUCCGGAAUGUGCAGAAUUUCUCAAUCCAUAUUGGCGCUACGUGGAUACCAGUCUAGUUCUAGUAAUCGUAUAUUGGUUAAUCAAGUGGAGCUACCCAAAAUUAUCAUUACCCCCUACAACAUUUGUUAGAAGAGAUCGAUUUGGCAAAAGAAUAUUGUUGGUUUUGAUGUGCAUAAUAUGGGGGAUGGAAAUCGGGUAUAAAUUUUCAUCAAGAACUGUGAUAUAUGUAUUGAAUCCUUGUCAUGUAACUACAGCAAUACAGAUAUACCUGUUAGCAGCAGCACCUAGUAGAGCAGUUACUGCAGUAUUCAGAUUUCAUUUAAAUUUAUUAAAUGGACCAUUAUUGGCGUUUGUCUUUCCUGAGACAGAUACCAGGCUAUUGCCUCUAGAAACCGCUAUUUAUUGGAUACAACAUGGGAUGAUGGUUGUUGUGCCUUAUUAUCUUUUACGAGUAGGAGGUGUAUAUAAUGUUGAAAAAUAUAGUGAUAUAUCGUGGAAUGCUAUGAGUUAUGGAAUCAACUUGUUAUAUCAUUUUAUAAUUCUGCAAGUUGUGGCUAUUCCUACGGAAGUCAAUCUGAAUCAUAUGUUAUGUCCAGCCAUUUUAGAUCCAUUUGAUGGUCAAUUGUAUAGGUUAGCCGCCGUUUGUCAUCAAGCUGUUCUGUGUCCAGCUCUUUGUAAACUAUUUUGCCUAGUUUCGGAAUUUUUUCUUACAAAAUUUAAAUUCACCAGAGUGAAGUCAACACUAGGUUGUGAAGUCUACGCAACACCCAAUGGAGAUACAACAGACGUAAAUCAUUUACACGCGAAUUAGGGUUCUACAUCGUCGCUGUUUUUAUAUCUCGGUUGCAAUAAUUGAAAUGUAGUAUUUUUCCUAAGCUUUCAUUGCACGACGAUUAGCUUGUUCACUUUCCAGCGAUUAUUAGUGACUACUUGGUCUAACAAAGAAUAUACAGCGUCGCCUAACGAAAACAAAACAGAGGCAUUAUUAUGAACUACGACAACACUUUUGAAAAACACAAAUGAGAAGCGUUGAAAAGUCCUAAUAAGAAAUAAUGUAUAGGUAAUAAAAUUAUACCAAGUGGGUAAUAAUUGAAUGUAAUUUGGUCGUUCUCGGCGAGCAACGAAAGUAGUAGGAAAAACAAUAAUAUCAAUACAGUGGAACCCCGAUAAGUCGGCCCCGAUAACCCGGACCGAUUUUUAUCAGACAAACAAUUCAACAAUAAAAGUGUAUGUAAUAUAAUAUUUGAGAGAUAAUGGGUAUUUGUGUAAUUUGAACUACAUAUACCAUUCAUUGUCCACAUUCAUUGUCGUGUUAUCGAAAACAACAGGCACCUGUAGUAUCCUUUAUUUAUUUGAAACUGCCUUAGCAUUGUUCAGAAAAUACCAAAAGACUAUUAAAAUUCUUUUUUUAACAAUGGUCUUAGUCAUCACUGUUAUUAAAUAACAUAACAUCAGAGACGGUAUUGUGUGUAGUAAAGUCAUAUUGUUCGCUUCCGUUCUGUAAUCGUUCGUAAAUCUAUUCAGAUUUUGUUUUGCGUGUUUUUUGUCUACGUAAGGGCAACAAAACGUAAAAAUAUUGUAGUGACAAUGGAAAAGAAACUAGAAGCAUUAAGUAGAAUUGAAUGCGAAUAUUGCAGCAUCAUAUGGUGUCGGUACAUCUACAGUAUCGGAUUGGAAGAAAAAUAGAACUAAAAUCGAAGAAUUUUGUUUCAAAAUGAUAACAAAAGACAGUUUGGACAAUCGGUGCAAAGCUAAUAAAGCUAAAAAUGAGACUCUCGACGACGCUUUGUAUAUGUGGUUUUGUGCGUAACGCGAACGUGGUUUACCAGUGUCUGUGUGACAAUUAUAACGGAGUUUAUCUGUAAGCAUACCAUAUUAUAUUAAUUGUUACCAUUUUCUCCGGCUAACCCGGAUUUUCGAUAACCCGGAUCGGCCGCGGUCACGAUUAAUCCGAGUUAACGGGGUUCCACUGUAUUAGCAAAAUAAAAAAUGUCCAUUAGAUAUGGUUAAUAAUAAUUUUAUACAUGCGUAAUUCGACUUUUAGAAUUAAUAUUUUCAUAAGUAUUAUUCUGAAGUAAUAAUUAGAAUAGAAUCUCAGAAACACUAACAGAUAUACUGAACCAUUUGAUUAUGCAAAAAAAUUUACCAUUACGUCAUUCGUUGUUUGAUGCAACAAUGGCACUUACACAUAAAUCAAAAUUAUAACAAAAAAUCAAAUGCCAUAGAUUAUCUGUAUAAAAACUCAUGUAAAAGUGUAAC